CCCGGCGGCCAUCUUGAAGGCCCGGGAGGCGGCGCCGCGCAAGACGGAGCGGAAGUGCUCGGCUGCGUCUUCCCGGACCGAGCGAAGCGCCGGCGCGGCCGCCACCCGCGUCCUCCUUCUCGCGGCCCUCGGGAGACCGCGCUCGGCCGCAGUGGACCGCGAGCAUGUCCGAAGGUGACAGUGUGGGAGAUUCCGUCCACGGGAAGCCUUCUGUGGUGUACAGGUUCUUCACAAGGCUCGGACAGAUCUAUCAGUCCUGGCUGGACAAGUCUACGCCAUACACGGCUGUGCGAUGGGUGGUGACGCUGGGCCUGAGCUUCGUCUACAUGAUCCGAGUUUACCUUCUGCAGGGUUGGUACAUCGUGACCUACGCCUUGGGAAUCUACCAUCUAAAUCUCUUCAUAGCUUUCCUUUCUCCAAAAGUGGAUCCUUCCUUAAUGGAAGAUUCAGACGAUGGCCCCUCGUUACCAACCAAACAGAAUGAGGAGUUCCGGCCCUUCAUUCGAAGGCUCCCAGAGUUUAAGUUUUGGCACGCAGCGACCAAGGGCAUCCUGGUGGCCAUGGUCUGCACCUUCUUUGAGGCAUUCAACGUCCCGGUGUUCUGGCCCAUCCUGGUGAUGUACUUCAUCAUGCUUUUCUGUAUCACGAUGAAGAGGCAAAUAAAGCACAUGAUCAAGUACCGGUACAUCCCGUUCACGCACGGCAAGAGGACGUACAAGGGGAAGGAGGACGCGGGCAAGACAUUCGCCAGCUAGACGUGGCCGCUCUCCGCGGGCCCUGGACGGCUGCAAGUUGCUGUGACGCCGUCUUCUUUCCUCACAUAAAGUAGUUGAUUACAAGGGAGUUAUUUUCUUUUUAAAAAGGAGCUUCAAUUAUUUGUAACUGAAAUAUCAGGUUCUUGAAGAAACUGGCAUUUAAACCGAAUCGCGUUGAUUUAUUUUCCAGUGCCGGUCAGGCGUCCAGACGCUGGCCUUGCAGAGCGCAGGCCGGGUGGACAGCCGGGUGGGCUGGGGGGCGGGGGCGGGGGGCCGGGCCCGCGGAAGGAGCCAGGACGCCAGCUGCCGCCUCCCAGGACGCUCACUGUGGCCACGGAGGACGCUCGCCCGUCCGUCCGGCGCGUGGAGGAGAUUCUGCAGCAACUCCGGGCUCUAAUGCCGGUUUCCAAAUUUCAUCUCGCUAGAGAUGUGUUGAGUUGGCCUCUAUCAUAAUGACUCAAAACUUCGUUCUUAACUACCAUGAUUGCUUCUGAGGGCCUGGAAUUAUAAAUAUAUAUAUUUUAAUUGUUUGAGAUUAUUUUGACACAUUUCUUUGAUACGUGAAGGGUUGUUUUAACUUAAACGUGUUCUCAUGCAGCAGCCCCUUUUCAGAAACACCUGGCAGGAGCAGCCAGUUCUGUGGCUUUUAACACAUGGCUUCCCACUUUCUACAGGGAAACAGCUCUGACCUGCAUGUCAACUUUUUUGAUGUGAUAAAAACCAAUACUCUUAAACAUUUUACCGAGUGACUUUUUAAUUCCAACUUCAUUAAAGACAACGUCCCUGCU